AUGCCAGCACCACCCAAAUCCUACCUCCCCAGCUUCGCUGCCUUCAUGGCCGCCGGUUUCACAUACACAUACAUCGUCGCGUCGCAAGAAGGGGCAGCCGUCGACGGCGCACGCACACGAUGGCAGCAGCAGCACGCCAGUGCGCGGAACGUGCUUUCAGGCGGGAUG